CACAACCAUGUUGCUAGGAGGGAUCCCUCGUAGCUCAUUGAUUUUCUGGAUAUGUUUCUUGCCUUGCAAAUGCGCCACAUGACCAGCUGGAGAGGAAGAAGUAACCUUGCAGAUGGGGCAAUACAUUACUGCCUCUGCUUUUUGGGUGGGGACUGAAAAAGACAAAAAAACGGUGCGGAGUGACGUCACAAUUGGAUGUAGAGGGCAAACGACUCCUUUCUACAUUGCUGUCCGACCUCUGUUUUCUAUUCACCUGGCUCAGGUUGUUUUUGGCCCCAGAAAGGCUUGUUCAGGCCAACUCAUCGGAAUCUUAAGGUUCUUGGGUCAGUGUUUUAUGAGUUCAUGGAGGGAAAAGAAGCCAUGGUAUUGCUGGCUCUUUUUUACUCAAUAUGCCUCUUUGGAAGAGUAUUGGGUAAUGAAAAUAAUGACGAACGCCAACACAUCCUUCAAAACUUCUCGUUUCUGGAGAGUGUUCGGAAGAUGGUGGAUGAAAAACUCAAUGCCAUUGAUAAUUGGGACCCAGCCAGCCCAAUUGAAUCUCGAGGGCAUUACAGAGAGGAGAGGCAGUUUUGCAAUUGCCCACCAGGAAGAAGAGGUUGGCAGGGUCAAAUGGGACCCAACGGACUAAAAGGUUCUGAUGGUCCAGAUGGCUCACCGGGUGGUAUUGGUCCACCAGGAAAUCAAGGGCCACCUGGAUCACCUGGGGCCAAUGGAAUCACAGGCACAAAUGGCCGUACCGGGUCCAUGGGACCAACUGGAUUACCCGGAGCACCAGGAAAGGAUGGAAACCCAGGCAAAGCUGGUGUGGCUGGAUUAGCUGGAUCUCCUGGGUCAUUAGGGGUGCCUGGUGCUUAUGGAAUAUCUGGACCAGUGGGUGUGCCUGGUGCACAUGGAGAGACUGGAUCACCUGGGAAUCCAGGGAAACUUGGAACCAAUGGACCCAAUGGUCCGGUUGGACUUAGUGGUGCAGUUGGAGCUGAUGGUGUUGUUGGCCCCCCCGGUAGCCCUGGGCCUAUGGGGCCGUUUGGACCAAUGGGCGUCAUAGGUGCGGCAGGCACAAAUGAUCAAGUUCUCCCUCGACCACCCAUACCACUGCUAAAUUGCACCGGAUCGAUCAACGUUCCAAGCUCUCUAUUCGACCCCUGUGUCCGGCUCCAAACUCCCAAUUUCCCCGAAAACUACGAAAACUUUUAUUUUUGUCAAUUCUUCGUGCAGACACCAACCUCCAAGGGAUUGACGGUUACGAUAAAACAGGAGGAUUUUCGUGUUGAAACAAUUUUUGAUGAUUUAGUCUUUUCGCCAUUACCAUCAUCCCUUGGUGAUUCAGGCUCCCUUACACUCAGAGGUAUUCUAUCCCAAGAUUUCAUCGAAUCCUAUGCCCCAAGGGAGGCAUUUACACUGACCUUUGUCACAGAUGGGUCAGUUACUUUUAAGGGAUUCAAACUCAAACUUUGUGUUACUUGAGAGUAAUGAAAACGAAAUAUCAUUGUCAUGCCUGCAAAAGUAAAUAGAAUGACCCAGAGAACAAUUAAAUAGAAGAACUCAAUCGUGACCACUUUAAAGAGUCGUAUUGCAAAAUAAAGUGCUCAAAAUAAUGUUCAUGUUCUUUUCUUACGCCCAAUUCAACAAUAUUACAUUACUUUUGUGUCGUCAGCCAAACUUUUUUUGAUACGCAGUGGAAAUAAGAGAGAGAAAAAUGUAGGUAAAUUGCGACAUUGUUUGCCACUGGAAGGAGACGUGGUGUAGUGGUUGGCGCAGUUUCCUAGCGUGUGAGAGGUCCCCGGUUCGAUUCUCCUACCCGACCUAAUUCGA